GACAGACAAAGGAAGGGAAGCAAGCAGCAGAGCAGAGCAAGCACCCCACUUGAGCUGACCCAGCCAGCACGCUACUCUACUCUACCAGUAAAUGCAGCUAGCCACUGCUCUCACUCAGUCAGACAGCCAGCCAGCCACAGCAGAGGGAGAGGAGGUGAUUAAUCAGGAAGGGACGAGGAAGAAGAAGCAGCUUAGGAGGAGUAACAGAGGCAAGGAACAAUGGCGGGGGCGGGGUCUGGGCGUCGCGGCGGCGGCGGCGGCGGAGAAGAGGAGUACGACUACCUGUUCAAGGUGGUGCUGAUCGGGGACUCCGGCGUGGGCAAAUCCAACCUGCUCUCCCGCUUCACCCGCAACGAGUUCUGCCUCGAGUCCAAGUCCACCAUCGGCGUCGAGUUCGCCACCCGCACCCUCCAUGUGGAGGGCAAGAUAAUCAAGGCGCAGAUCUGGGACACGGCAGGGCAAGAGCGAUACAGGGCGAUCACAAGCGCGUACUACCGUGGAGCCCUCGGAGCGGUCCUGGUCUAUGAUGUGAGCAAGCCCACAACAUUCGAGAACAUCAGCCGAUGGCUCAAGGAGCUGCGCGACCACGCCGAUGCCAACAUAAGAAUCAUGCUUGUCGGCAACAAGACCGAUCUGAAGCAUCUCCGGGCUGUUGCCACGGAUGACGGCCAGAGCUUCGCCGAGGCAGAAGGGCUGUCCUACAUCGAGACAUCCGCGCUGGAGGCCACAAAUGUAGAGGAGGCAUUCCAGCUGAUCCUCGGGGACAUAUACCGUGCCAUCAGCAAGAAGGCGGUGGCUUUGGAUGACGGUGGGGCAGGAGGAGCUGGGGGAGGAGUCAAGGAAGGGAAGACCAUCAAUGUGGCUGCCAGCGACACUAGUGGCGAAAAGAAGCAAUGCUGCUCGGCUUAGGACAGAUGAUGCCCACCCACCGUGUUCUCUGAUUCUGUUGGUGCACAUUGUGUGAUGAUUGUUGUCUUUUGAGUUCAAAUCUUUGUUGAUUCAUUUUGUCAGAUAUCCCCCUUGUUAGACCUGAACUUCACAUAUCCUAUAAAGCAGUUGCUAUAUAUCAUAUCAAUUUAA